AUGUCACGUGGGUCAGUUUUAAGAAGAAAUUCAUUGGUGGGGCAUGGAAGUUUGUCGCUCGUUGGAAAUGACAGCAGAAAAGAAUGGUUUGGGGUUAGAGACGACAAAGAGUUAGGCUGCAAAGGUAUAAUGGAACUGGGAAUCCCAAAACUUGAAGAUAUGUCACUCGAAUGGUCUAAUUGUUCAAAAUCAGAAUUCCAGCGAGUACUCUCCGAUUCUAAUUAUUCUUGUUACAAACUAUCAUCUACAAUCUCGGAUGACCCUGAUCCAUCACCAGCAAGGGUCUUAUUUUUAAGCCCAGUGGCCCAAAUUCAUUACGCUUUUUAUACAAGCGACCAUCAAUUGAGAAUUGAACGUUCUGGAAAUAUUUUUCAAGGUUCAGAAUCUUGGAAUUAUUAUAGAAACCCGAAGACUAAUCGCAGCAAUACUUAUGUUCAAAAUGUAUUACUGAUUCUUGACUAUAAAUUAAGAGACUUAUACAAUGACAAAUACGAAUUGGCAAUUCCAGUUCUUCAGACUUUAGAAAAAGCAGCUGUUAGAUUAAAUGAAAUAAAAAGUCCCAAAAUUAUAUUAAGUGUUACAGGAAUUAUUGUCCCUGAACACUCAGAUGUCUUUGGGUUACCGGAUUUGGAAAAAUCUCGCUUCUUGGGAACUCCCUGUCGUCCUGGACUUGGAACGUUAGAAAAGUUAAAUCAAUGGAUGCAAGAUAAUAAAAAAUCAUUUAGAACUACUCCAUAUGAUUUAUAUUUGUUCGCUUCAAGUCGACCUCCGUGCAACGAAAGCAACUUCAACAAAAUUGAUAAUAGCUUAACUAUUACAUAUGGCUGUAAUGCUUUAAGUUACAAAUCCGGUGGAAUGUUCCACUAUGGCGGAUUUUACAGUAACUUAUACGCAGCACAAGUUGUUGCUAAAACGUUCGGAGUUGAACUGGACGAACAAGCCGGAUGUGGAUCAGAAAACAUAAUGUUCUCUCAAGAUCGUAAUUUAGAUUAUGGAUCUAAUUUCAUUUUCCGAUCUUGGUCAGAAUGUUCAAAAAAAGCAUUCCAGAAAGUGUCUGAGUAAUUUUUUUUUAUUAAUCUAUACUGUUUCAUUUUCUUGAAUAGUAUUUUGUAAUACAAAUUUAAUUUCUGUUCCAGGAACCAUAGAUAUCAAUGUUUUAAAAUGUCGUAA